AAAAAUUAGUAUUUAGUACUUAUCAAAAGAGCAAUUCAUAUAUAAUAUUUUUCCAACGUUUUAUGUCCUUAAAAAAUGUGUAUUUUAUUUUUUAUAUUGUGAAUAAGUUUAAUAAUGAAUUGAAUGUUAAGUCGUUGCUUCCAGCUUGAAUGCACAACUUUCCAGUUGAUGGACUUCAUUUAGAUGGUGAAAUUGAUGACGGGAAUUAAAAUACAAACAAUAAAGUAUUAAUUACUGAAUGUCUCUAUGAUGCAGUGAAGGAUAUACAUUUCGAUAUAAUCAAAACAUAGUUUGGUGAAGAACAUACUAGGAAGCGAUUGCAAUUAUUUAAAACAACCUCUCAAAAAUGCCAACAGAGCCUCGCCAAGGACGUAAAUGUAACUCCCAUCAUCCUCAUUUCUCCGAAACGCCUCAUUUAAUGGGACGCCACUACAUUUCACAAGCAAACAGUCAACAUAAUGCGUCAGAUCGACUGUAUCAGAUAGCGAUGCAGGCUACAGUAGCUAAUGCAGAAGCGUUCAAGGGCACAGGCGAUGACAAUCGCAAAAUAAUUCAUGAUGAAGGUAUGACACCAAUGAAUAAAACAAAAUUCGACAAGACUAAUCCUUCACAAAUCAACAGCAAUACAACUACGUCUAACAAUUCAACUUCCAAGGCUAAAACAGUUCAGCUAACUCAGCAACAAUGGCAGUUGUUAACUGAUUAUCAUGAACAUGAUUUAUUUGUACGCACACGGAGUUGGAGCUUUUGUAUGGCAGUUUUAGGGAUUGGUGUUACAUUAUUUGGGAUAGGAAGCCCAGCCUGGAAAUGGAUUGGUGACAGUCGACAUCCUUAUGAACUUGGAUUGUGGACCUUAUGUUUACCAAACAAUUCUACUUGUCUUUCAAUAAUUUAUCACUUGCAGAACAACUGGAAACUUCAUACAUCGAUUAUCUGUUUACUUGGUUGCGCUUGCCUAUUUGGAAUUCUGGGCCUAGGUUUAGCUAUUACUGGAGUAUGCAAAAGUGCCUUGAUUCUUCGAUUGUAUUAUUAUCAUUCAGCAGGUGAAUGCUUUCUGGUUUCAAGUAUAACUACGAUAGCGUCUUUAAUUCUGUAUCCAAUCUCUGCAGAUGCAUGCAUCCAGAAUUUAUUAAAACUUGACAUAUUCAAAUUUAAAUCACACGAUCAAAUCACUUUGACCAACAUGAAAAUUUCUAGUAAUAAUAGCAACAGGAACUCAGGUGAUAGUGAUGAGAUGUCACUGAAAAGCAUAGGAACACAAUAUGGAUAUACAUACUUCUUGACAUGGAUUGCCGCUGUAUUCUUUUUCAAUUCUUUUGUAUGCAUGAACUUAGAUAUUUUGAUACAAUCAUUCGUUCGACCGGUGCCCGUGAUAAACCACAUAUUAAAUUAUUUAGCGCCUUGUUGGAAGUCAUCAGCAUCUUCAUCAACACGUUCACCAGUGUCAUCUCCAUCGUCUCACUCCUCAAGCUUUCAAAAUCAAGCAGCUGCACUGAAACCUAAUUAUCGUUUGACGGAGACAGAUCGAAAAACAAAGGAAGACUUAAGCAGUCGACUAAAGCUUGAAUGUAGUCCAACGGACAGCGAAAGUUCUGCUUGCAUGUCUGAUUCUCAUAAUGCCCGCACAUCACUCGAUGACAGCUUUAGAGAUGAUUAUCAACAAGCGCCUCAACAUCAAGUUUGUCCCAUACCGAAUAUAUUAUUAAGCGAUUACGACCAAGAAUGUAAGGCAAUGAAUUCCCACAUUCACCAAACGCCUAAAAGAAGUCCUUUUGAAGAUAAGGCUGAUAUAGUAAGGAUUCCAAAGACAGUGUCACAAGAUUCGGAUCAAGAGGGUGAAUGGAUCUGAUUGAAAGACUGAAGAAUUCCAUGUGCCUUUACUAAAGAAAAUAAGAAAUUUUAUCUGUUCAGUUUAAAGUAUUAGUGGUAUGUACUUGUAUUGGAAGCUCUAAAUCGCUUUAGUGAAUUCUGUAAUUAUCUUUGUUGUUGAGUGACUACUUUUAAAAGAUCAUGCUAACUAACGGGGUAUGCAGUUUUGUGUCGUAGUUACCGGCUAAGUAUCUCAUUAUAGUUGUUUUGCUGUAAAUGUCAGACAAACUUUUUGCUUGCACAUGCAUACUAUAAUUAGAAACAGACUUCACGAAAAUAAUGAUCUGGCCAUAACGUGUGAAGAAAAAAAUGAGUAUUUUCUUAUCUGUUCUCUAGCGCAGUGUACGCUUAUUUGCAAUCCUCAUUUUGUACGUGAAAUAUAUUUUUUUUAUAAAAAUGUAUAUAUUUUCUUUUUCUAUCACGUAUUUGUUUAAAUCGAAACUUUAAAAAAACACCGUUCUGCGUCACCUUGACGUAAAAUUUAACUAAUUAAGACUGAAACUCAUGACAGUAGGAAACGUUUUAUUUCUC